GCUGAGGAUAAAGUGCCCUUACAGGCAUCCGCUCUUGUUUUUGAUCGAAUCCUACGAGUUUGGGAUAUACUGACGGAAUGGCUAACGCAGCAGUCCAGCAAAGCGCCGUCACGGUCGGUUUGGAGGAUCUCAGGAAUGAUAAUGUAGAUUUUGCUCUCUUGGAGGAGGCUUUUGGGCCCUCGUCUCUCGGCAUUAUCGUUAUCAAGGACCUCCCGUCCAAGUUCCAUGAUCUCAGGCACAGGCUUCUGUCUUACUCGUCAGCACUCGGCAACCUACCUCCGGCAGAAUUAGACAAGCUUGAGUCUCCGGCGUCGAAGUGGCUGGUGGGAUGGUCUUGCGGCAAAGAAACGCUCAAAGAUGGGCGUUACGAUACCCUCAAGGGCUCGUACUAUGUGAACUGCGCCCCUGGCUUCGAAAGCCAGCAGGAAGCCGUGGCGGAGCAGUACCCCUCGUUCCCAGAGUAUACGGCGCCCAAUGUCUGGCCCUCGGAGGAGCUUCUUCCCGGCUUCGAAGAGACGUUCCGCGAGCUAUGCAACCUCAUCAUCGAUAUCGCUGGCUUAGUGGCCCGAGCCUGCGAUAAAUACGCCGAAGCCAACAUCGAGGGCUACAAGAAAGGCUACCUGGAGCAUGUGGUCAAGACAAGCGUAUCAACCAAAGCUCGCCUGCUGCACUAUUUCCCAACCCCGCAGUCCCCACAGGACACAACGAACGACAGCUCCGGCGAUGAGGACGACUGGUGCGCAACACACCUCGACCACGGAUGCCUCACGGGCCUCACUUCUGCCAUGUUCGUAGACGAAGCUGCGCACCCUCCUCAAACUGGAUCAUCGUUCUCCCCGCUCAAGGAACUCGAGCGCUCCCCAGACCCCAAGGCCGGCUUGUAUAUCCAUUCGCGCACCGGUGUCGUCACGAAGGUCGGUAUUCCGCGGGACUGUCUAGGGUUUCAGACGGGCGAAGCGCUCGAGGUCAUUACGAAGGGCAAGUUCAAGGCGGUUCCGCAUUUCGUGAGGGGCGCAGGGCCGGAGGUGGGAGGAAAGGUCGCGCGGAAUACGCUGGCAGUGUUCACGCAGCCGAACCUGUGGGAGAUGGUGGACGAGAGAAGGGACUUCGCAGCCUUCGCAAAGCAGAUUGUCGAGAAGAAUCACUAAUAAGCACGGAAACGCUGGCACGGGCGACGGCACCGUAAGGCCCUCCAGGUUUUUACACACAAAAUUAGAACUGCGUCAUCGAGCAUUCGUGUAAUCUAAUCGGUGCUGCACCCGGGCACGAUCCCGCGGGUCGCAAUUUAUUAUUUAGCCACAGCAGCCACGCCGAAUCCGUAUCGGGCGGGAGUCGCAUUUCGAUAGAUAUUGCAUGUCUCACGUGAUACGCGGCUGAGCCCUGGUUUGCGUCUGACCUGAGCGGAACGCCCGCCAAGUACGCGUUGAAACCCUCAUGCCUCCACUCCGCUGCCACCACCUCCUCAACGCAGCCCGUCAGCAGCCGAUCCUCAUCAGCGUCUCUCCACAUCGGCCUGUCCUGGUCGCACGCAUCCGACCUAUCCGACCUCUCCUGCGACGAGCGUCUCCCGCCACAGCGUUCAGCGCCUCACCUGCGGCUCGUGUAGCGUCAGGGGUAAG